AUGCACCGGAGGAUGAUGAUGGCAUGGUUCGUGGUUCUCUUCUGUUACCACAUCUGCGCAAGUGAGACUCAGAGACGUAAUAAAGCUUUGUUCCCAUCAUCCUUGAGAGUAAAACAAGGAAUAAUGCCAAGCGUCAGCUCCCUGUUUCAGAACACCAUACAGGAUGCCAACCUGCUCUUUGAGAUGCUGCUCAUGGGGCUGUGGGUCGAGGAUGAUCGUGGGCCCUUCUGCGUGCAGGAUGAGGAGCUGGCCUCCAUGCGCCUGGCCAGAAAGCUCAAGGCAUUUGCCAGAGCCGUCUUGCCCCGGAACCUCUCUGACAUCCGUCGCCUGAACUCCAAGCUGUCCCGUCGACAGAGACACUUGCAACGAGAUGAUUUUGAGCGCACCGUGCUGACUAUGGUCUACACCGCCCACAGAGCAGCCAAUGCCACAAGCCACCAAAGAGACGCCUGGGCCGAGUCUUUUGUCACUCUAUACAGUGCCAUAAAGCAGGAUCUGAUGGCCUCCUAAGUGCACUGUGGCUCCUCUCUUUGCAGAGGUUGUGCAGGAAUUGCCUGCUGAGUAUAAUCAAUAUCUCAGUAUAUAUUACUGUUGAAAUAUUUCACUAAUUACAAAUCUACUCCUGGCUCCAAAUUCCAAGAACAGGAGGGUCAAAGUGAACUGGAGAAGACAAGAUAUGCUAUGUCAUCCAGCAGAGUGGCAAUGUCUGUCAUCAUAAUUGUGUUUUUCUAUGCUGCGUGAAGCUUCUCUUGGGUCUACCAGGCACCAAGCCUUUUACUUCCCUUUGACCAUAGUAUUAUUACUGUAAAUGCUGUAUUGGAAACUGCUGUUAAUCUACAAUAAAAAAA